GGGAAGGUUCGGGGGUGGAAGGUCGGGACUGCCCCGUGCCAAGGUUUCCGCUGCAGCGCGGCUCCAGGCCGGGGAGGGCAGAAUGGGUUUGGACUGGAUCGGUUUUGGCUAUGCAGCAUUGGUUACAUCAGGUGGAAUAAUUGGCUACGCAAAAGCAGGUAGUGUCCCAUCUCUAGCUGCUGGUCUUCUCUUCGGGAGCUUAGCUGGACUGGGUGCUUACCAGCUGUCUCAGAAUCCAAAAAAUGUGUGGCUUUCUCUGAUUGCAUCUGGAACACUGACUGGAGUUAUGGGAAUGAGAUUUUACAACUCUGGAAAAGUCAUGCCUGCAGGUUUAAUUGCUGGUGCCAGUCUGCUAAUGGUUGGGAGACUUGGAUUGAAGAUGAUUGAAAAGCCCCAUGACCCAUAAUGGUGAACAUCAUGUGACUUAAUGUGUCAAUAGGAAGCCUGAAAAUGCAGCUGCCUGAAUGUACAGAGAAUACACAACUGUUCUUACAUCAAAUUUUUUUUUUUUUUUUUUAAGAUUGGGGGAAAUUGAUGGGAUGGAUGGGUGUUAAGUAUACAAAAUGUCAUUUGUUUCAGCAGUCAAUAUUUAUCCCUACUUUGUCCUGAGAAGUUGGGUUAGUGUUAAUUUAAAUUUCUCCUAAUACAUCUUUCAUUAACCACUCCCAUUUUGAGCAGUCCAAAAAAAAUAUAUAUAGACAACAUAUGAGGGAGAGAGGGAACUGGUGCCUAACAUCAUGAUAAAGAAAAUUCCCACUCUGGGCCAACAGGAGUACUUGGUCAAAUACAAUAUAAAUAUAUAUAUGGUUACUCUGCAUGCAAACUAUCAGAAUGCUUUACCUGACUGCAGUUUGGCUGUAAGAAUGUGUCUAACACCAGCUGAAUAUUUUAUUGCAAAAUUAUGUUGAGCAAAAUGUCAUUUAAAGGAGAUUGAUUUUUAUACUAAUAAAAACUGAGAACUUAUAUUGCAAAACUAUUUCCUUUAUUGGGCAAGUCUGGGUUGGGGCUAGUUUGUGCCCUUCCUGUGGCUUACCUUUUCUUUUCUUAAGGAAAUCUUUUCAGUGUACUGUUCUCCAUAUGCAGUCUUUGAUCAUGUAAAGAAAGAUAACUCUUAAAUGGAGGGGAAGAAGACAGAAUUAAGCGUGUACAUUGUGUUAAUACUGCAUUAAAGACUCUUUAAAGAAGAAA